AUGUUUACUCAGUAUUUGGUGCUUUUUGUCGCUAGCACGUUAACAUUAACAUUAGCAAAUGAUGAUCCAUCAUUGCAACGAUUUCGUGGUCAUGUUUUAAAAAACAAUGGAAAAUAUGAAAUAACAACCGCAUUAGCAAAUUCUUAUAAAGAACCUAAUAUAAAUUUAAAUUAUAUCUUAGCAACUGGAUUUUGGGAUCAAACUUAUAAUACAACUGGUUGGUCUGUAUUAGAAAUAAAAGCAUCAGAUAAUCAAACAAAUAUUGAUCAAGUUUAUUCAGUUGGACUACUUGAAGGACAAUUUACACGAGAAUUAACUGGUAUGCAAUGGCAAAAUAGCAUUAAUGAUAUUUGUGCUAAUAAAACAGAAUUUUGUAAUUAUCUUAAACAAUUUUUUCAAAUUCAACUUGAUUGGAUGUAUACACAAAUUGAUAGUUAUCCUGAUGAUGAAUAUUGGCAUCAAGUAAAUUUACUUCUUGUUCAACUAAAUGGUCUCAUUGAUGGAAAUCAAAAUAAACCACGUGGGCCAAGAAAAGAACUUGAUGACCCACUUGGAUUCUUUCUAUUUCAAGUAGUUGAAUCUGUUGGAGAUCUAGCUGAUCGUCUAAAUAUAUCAGACGUUGAACGACAUGAUAGUUGUUCAGCAUUAAUUAAAAUUUUACCAAAUAAUAGUGAUAUAUUUGUAUCACAUGCUGAUUGGAGUAAUUAUAAAACUAUGUUAAAAGUAAUCAAACGUUAUAUAAUGCCAUUAAAACGAUCAUCAGCUGCAGGAAGUCCUAUUAUUCCAGGUGCUGACAUGGUUUUUUCAUCUUAUCCAGGAACACUUCAUUCAGUUGAUGAUUUUUAUAUGACACGUUCAGCUCAAAUGACAAUAAUCGAAACAACUAUUGUUAAUAGUAAUCCAAAUUUAUUACAUAAUAUAAUUCCAAUAUCUGUACCCGAAUGGAUUCGUGUUGUUGUUGCUAAUCGUUUAGCUAAUUCUGGUCGUGAAUGGAUUGAUAAAUUUUUUCUUUAUAAUGAUGGAACAUAUAAUAAUCAAUGGAUGAUUGCUGAUUUUAAACGGUUUACACCAGGACAAUCACCAAAAUCAGAAUUUUUAAUGGUUGCUGAACAAUUAGUAACUGAUUUUGAAUCACAAGAUAUGACAGAUACAUUAAUUAAUAAUACAUAUUGGGCAUCAUAUAAUAAUGUUUAUUUUCCACGUUUUCGAAAUUUAUCAGGUGAAGAAGCAAUGGUACAUGAAAAAGGACCAGAAUUAUAUUCAUGGAAAAAUUCAUCACGAGCAAGAAUAUUUGAACGUGAUCAUAUAAAAGUUGUUGAUCUUCCAACUAUGAUUCAUAUGAUGAGAUAUAAUGAUUUUCAACAUGAUCCUUUAUCAGCAUGUAACUGUACUCCACCAUAUUCAUCAGAAUUAACAAUUGCUGCACGAUGUGAUCUUAAUCCAAUUAAUGGAACUUAUCCAGAUUCACCAUUAGGACAUCGUGUUCAUGGUGCAACAGAUGCUAAAAUUACUAACUAUGCAAUGAUGCAAAACUUUACGCUUGUGGCUAUUGCUGGUCCAACAUCAGAUAAUCAACCACCAUUCGUUUGGAGUGAAUCAGAUUUCAAUACACAAGUAUCACAUGUUGGUCAUCCAGAUAAAUGGAAUUUUGGACCAUUCACACCAACAUGGAUGGUAUUUAUCGGUAGUAAACCAUUACAGAUUUGGGAUAAAAAAGUACGUAAUGGACAUAUCAAAAGAAUAACAGAUAAUGAAAUUCAAUCACUUGUUUUGGAAAUCGUUGGUACUAAUGUUAGUACAACAUAUAUAACAUGUCCAGCUGAUCCAAAAAAAACACUUGGCAUUAAAUUACCAUUUCUAGUUAUGAUUAUAAAAAAUUUAAAAAAAUAUUUUACAUUUGAAGUACAAGUUCUUGAUGAUCGAAAUGUUCGUCGACGUUUUCGUGCUAGUAAUUAUCAAUCAACAACACGUGUAAAACCAUUUAUAUGUACAAUGCCAAUGCGUUUGGAUGAUGGAUGGAAUCAAAUUCAAUUUAAUUUAUCGGAUUUUACACGACGUGCUUAUGGUACCAAUUAUAUUGAAACCCUUCGAGUUCAAAUUCAUGCUAAUUGUCGUAUUCGACGUGUUUACUUUUCGGAUCGACUCUAUUCGGAAGAUGAAUUACCACCGGAAUUUAAAUUAUAUUUACCGGUUCAAAAGAAAUAA